AUGCAAGUAAAAUUUGUGAUAGAAAAAGAUUUAUUGCAUAAUCUCUCUAUCAAUUUACUAGUGUUUAGUUACUUGAAAGAAUUAAAAAAUAUAAGACUCGCAUUAAAAAUAGCUGUAAAGCCUUUGGGAGAGCACAGAGUUAUGUAAGAACUAAGUCUUAAUCAUUUAUCGAUUGAUAUUAUUAAUAUUAUAAUUAUUAUAGAUUUAUAAAUGGACAAUCAAAUAAAAGUUGUCAUUCGAUUUAAGUCCAUUUUAGCUAUAGAAGAAGAGUCUGUAAAUUUUCCUUAAUCUCAAGUCUCCUAAUUGGAUAAUUGAAGAAGAAGCAAUUACAUAUAAAAAUACAAAACAAGAUGAGAUCUUUGAAUUUGAUGUUAUUAUGCCUCCGGCUACAUUGUAAGAGGAAAUAUUCUCAUCUAUUAUGUUGCCUAAGAUCAGUUUUUUGUAACUUUCCAUAAUUAAAUAACUAGUCUCUAAGGGUACAAUAGUGCAGUCUUUGCUUAUGGGGCAACUUCUUCGGGCAAAACAUAUACAAUCUUAGGCCCAGAAAGUACAAUAGAGCAGAUCCUCAAUAAUAAGUUUAAUAUAGAUUAAAGUUCUGGUAUACUCCCAAGAUCAAUCUAUCAAAUUGUCGAUGUAAACACUAUUAAUAAUUAAGGGAUAUCAAAAAAUAAAACAAUAGGAAUCAUAGUAAUAGGUGACUCUCAAAGCCACCUACGUUGAAAUCUAUAACGAGUAAAUUUUUGAUCUCUUAAACUAACAAUAUAAAACAAACAAUCAGAAGUUAGAUCUCAAAGUAUUUCACUUUAAAUUUCUUAGAUUAGCACUAUAGCUGAUGGUCCCAAGUUGAUGGGAGUGAGGGAAGUUCAAGUUGAAUCUGUGAAUGAUCUUAUGGAAUUAAUAGCCUUUGGCAGUUAUAAUAGAGCAAUUGGAGCAACUCAACUAAAUUCCAGAUCCAGCAGAUCUCAUGUAAUUUUCACAAUUGAGUAAUCCAUUUAUUUUAAUAAGAUUGCUCGUUGAAUGGAAGGACAAAUCAUAGAGAACAUCCAAAAUUCAAUUUAUUGAUUUAGCAGGAAGUGAAAGACUUGCCAAAACAGUUGCCAAAGGUUAAUUAUUAGAAGAAACUAAAAAGAUAAAUUAAUCAUUGCAUUGUUUGGGACAUUGCAUAAUGGCAUUAUCAAGCAGAAAAACCAAUAAGCAUGUUCCAUAUAGAGAUUCAAAGCUAACCUUGCUCCUUAAGGAAUGUUUGGGUGGUAAUUCUAAUACUUCCUUCAUUUGUGCUGUAAGUGCAGCAUCAGAGCAUGAAGAAAAAACUAUUUAAACUUUGAAGUUUGCUUAAAGAGCCAAAUUGAUUCUCAAUAAAGUCAAAAUCAACAUAAAACUUAGUUAUGAAUAGAUCGAAAAGUAAAUGACAAUGCUUAAAUAAGAGCUAUAAGUGAUGGAAAAGAUUCUUACAACAAAUGUAUUUCAUUUUAUAUCUUUUUAGGGAAUCAAAUAUGAUAAAUAGAUUUUUAAAGAAUAAAACUUUUAACUCUAAUUAGACUAAAACAUAAAUUUAGAUGAAUUAAAUGGAGAUUAUAGAAAAUCAAAAAGAAGAUCUCUCUAACCUUCAAGCAGUAAAUCAGAUAUUAAGGAAUAAUUUAGUUAUAGAUUUUAAUAGUAUCUUGAUUCUUAAAAUUCAAACCCCAAACAAAAUUCAAGUCCCAAUUCUAAACGCAAAGUUUAAAGGCAAUCAGGAGGCAAUUUAAGAUCAUCUUUACCAUGUUCUCUUGAUGGCUCAGAAGCCGAACCUGAUGAAAAUGGAGAACACGAUUUAAAUGAAGCUUAAUUAAUCUCUGCAUUGAAAUCUAUUAAUGAAACACCAAGAGAAUUAUCAUAAUUCGUAAGUGGAAGAACUUCUUAGGUUAAAUUUCAUACUUAAGAAUCCUAAUAUUAUUCAACUACAACUAAUUAAACUACAAACACUGAAUAAUUAUAAGAUAGGCCAAAAAAAAGAGAAAGCUGUUGCUAAGUCUUUUGA